AUGUCGUCUGUUCAUAAGAUUUGCCUUGCCGUCACUCUACUGUUCUCUAUAGUUGUUGCUAACGUCCAACCGGGGCAAUACGACUAUGGGUUUACCGCUGAUCUUCGUUUGCGAAAACGGGCUCCGUCUCAGUCUUCUAUCGUAACCGGCCCUCCUCGGUUCAAUGGGGAAACGCAGUUGAGACAAGAUAUCCGAGAUUUGCAAAAUGACGAGGACAAAUGGAACUUGUACCUCCUCGCCCUUAGCUGGAUGCAAUUCACCGACCAGGAGUCACAAUUCUCGUGGUACCAGAUCACAGGGAUUCAUGGAGCUCCUGCAUUAACAUGGGCAGAUGUCAACCCGACGCCAGGAAAUGAACACAGUGGGUAUUGCACUCAUGUGUCCAUUCUGUUUCCUCCCUGGCAUCGACCUUAUCUUGCUCUAUAUGAGCAAGUCUUGUACAACAUUGUUCAAUUUAUUGCGUCGUUUUACCCACCAGAACUUCAAGACCGGUUCCAAAAAGCUGCAGAUACCUUCCGGAUCCCGUACUGGGAUUGGGCUGCCGUCCCCCCGAACGGAGUCAGUGUCCUCCCUCUAAGUGUUGGUGCUUCGCCGACCAUAAACGUGACCGGACCAAACGGUAUUCAGAGUAUUUCGAACCCUCUAUUCAGCUACGUCUUUAGGCCAUUUAAUAGUUCGACUUUUCCGGAUUUCCCUUAUAAUACAUGGCUCGAGACAAAGCGAGCACCGCGUCCGAUUAAUAGUGCAAAUGCAACUUCAAAUAAUUCAUUCGUAGCACACGCAUUAGAUGUCCAUCUCCCAAGUUUCCAGCAGAGGUUAUACAACUUAUUCUCUAACUACCCCAACUAUACAACCUUCAGCAACGAAGCUUGGAUCCCUGGUCCUAACAAUGGCACGUACGACUCCCUUGAAUCUCUUCACGACGCAAUCCACACAGUUGGAGGAGGUGUUUACGGGCAUCUUGCUAUCAUAGCCUAUUCCGGAUUUGAUCCACUCUUCUGGCUACAUCAUGCCAAUAUCGACAGGAUCUUUACUAUGUGGCAACACCUCUACAAUGACACAUAUGUGGUCCCCCAGCCUGCUGUUUAUUCUUCUCAUACGACAUCUCCUGGACAGGUAGAAAACGCUCAGACACCUCUCACACCAUUCUUCUUCAACGAAACAGAUUUCUGGACGGCUGACAUGGUACGGGAUCAUGAAGUUUUCGGCUAUACGUACCCCGAAGUAGCCAACAAGAAUCGCUCAGAACUUGUGGCAACGAUCAACAAGCUCUAUGGGAAGUUUAGCCCGGCUUCUAUAUUCAUGGGGUCGGACAGGAGUCUACGACAUAGCAGCAGACAUAUAAAGCAUCCAAGUCAUCGAGGGUCGUAUAAGGCAAAUGGCAUAUCUUGGAACAGCCAGUCUUCCAGCAGGCCUCCCUUAAGCGCGGUUUUUAGGGGUGGCAAGUAUCGCGAGUGGAUUGCAAACAUAAGGGUGAACAAACAUGCUAUGGGUGGUUCGUUUUCCAUCCAUCUCUUCCUAGGGGACGUCCCAUCCGACCCAUCAUCAUGGCCGGUAGCGCCCAACUUAGUAGGCACGCACGGAAUCUUCGCUCAUAAAAGCGUGCACAGCCGCGCCUCUGAUCGGAUGGUUACGGGGACAAUACCCAUGACUUCGGCCCUGAUGCAUAUGGUAGCAUCAGGUAAGGUAUCAAGCUUGCAUGCAGAAGACGCCGAGCCGUUCCUGAAGUCUCACCUCGAGGUACGAAUAUCACUUUCGAAUGGCACGGUAGUCAAUGCUCGCCAUGUAGGCGGACUUGGCAUCAACAUUGUCAGCUCCUUGGUCAAGGCACCAGAGUCGGAGAAUAUGCUUUCGGAAUGGGGCAAAAUGGAAACACAUUUUAAUCUAGUUGGGUAAGGAAACGGGCUACUAGGCCACCUUACUUUAGCCAGUAUUCGGAGGGUUUGUACAAAAAGAGUUGGUAAUGUUGUAUUUGGUCGAUUUCCUAUAGCACACUUGAAAACAAGUCUGAUAGAAGACUUUGAUGUAGUUCGACCAUUAGGUAGCUAUUUCGCUAGGUACUCUUAAUAAUUAAUGAAC